CGGCGCAGCGGCCGGGCCGUGCGUGCUCACGUGACAGGUCCGCGAGGCCCAGCUCGCGCAGUCGUCCGGGCGAGCGAAGAUGGCGGCUGAGAGGGAACCUCCUCCUCUGGGGGACGGGAAGCCCACCGACUUUGAGGAGCUGGAGGACGGAGAGGACCUCUUCACCAGCACUGUCUCCACCUUAGAGUCAAGUCCAUCCUCUCCAGAACCAGCUAGUCUUCCUGCAGAAGAUAUUAGUACAAACUCCAAUGGCCCAAAACCUGCAGAAGUUGUACUAGAUGAUGACAGAGAAGAUCUUUUUGCAGAAGCCACAGAAGAAGUUUCUUUGGACAGUCCAGAAAGGGAACCAGUCCUUUCCUCAGAUCCUUCUCCUGCAGUCACGCCUGUGACCCCCACUACACUCAUUGCUCCCAGAAUUGAAUCAAAAAGCAUGUCUGCUCCUGUCAUCUUUGAUAGAUCCAGAGAGGAGAUUGAAGAAGAAGCAAAUGGAGACAUGUUUGAUAUAGAAAUUGGUGUAUCAGAUCCAGAGAAAGUUGGUGAUGGCAUGAAUGCUUAUAUGGCAUACAGAGUAACAACAAAGACAUCUCUUUCAAUGUUCAGUAAGAGUGAAUUUUCAGUAAAAAGAAGAUUCAGUGACUUUCUCGGUUUGCAUAGCAAGUUAGCAAGCAAAUAUUUGCAUGUUGGUUAUAUUGUACCACCAGCUCCGGAAAAGAGUAUAGUAGGCAUGACCAAGGUCAAAGUGGGUAAAGAAGAUUCAUCAUCCACUGAAUUUGUAGAAAAACGUAGAGCAGCUCUUGAAAGGUAUCUUCAAAGAACAGUAAAGCAUCCAACUUUGCUACAGGAUCCUGAUUUAAGGCAGUUCUUGGAAAGUUCAGAGCUGCCUAGAGCAGUUAACACACAGGCUCUGAGUGGAGCAGGAAUAUUGAGGAUGGUGAACAAGGCUGCCGACGCUGUCAACAAAAUGACAAUCAAGAUGAAUGAAUCGGAUGCAUGGUUUGAAGAAAAGCAACAGCAAUUUGAAAAUCUGGAUCAGCAACUUAGGAAACUUCAUGCCAGUGUUGAAGCCUUGGUCUGUCAUAGAAAAGAACUUUCAGCCAACACAGCUGCCUUUGCUAAAAGUGCUGCCAUGUUAGGGAACUCAGAGGACCAUACUGCUUUAUCUAGAGCUUUGUCUCAGCUUGCAGAGGUUGAGGAGAAGAUAGACCAGUUACAUCAAGAACAAGCUUUCGCUGACUUUUAUAUGUUUUCAGAACUGCUUAGUGACUACAUUCGUCUUAUUGCUGCAGUGAAAGGUGUGUUUGACCAUCGAAUGAAGUGCUGGCAGAAAUGGGAAGAUGCUCAAAUUACUUUGCUCAAAAAACGUGAAACUGAGGCAAAAAUGAUGGUUGCUAACAAACCAGAUAAAAUACAGCAAGCUAAAAAUGAAAUAAGAGAGUGGGAGGCAAAAGUACAACAAGGAGAAAGGGAUUUUGAACAGAUCUCUAAAACAAUUCGGAAAGAAGUGGGAAGAUUUGAGAAAGAACGAGUGAAAGAUUUUAAAACUGUUAUUAUCAAGUACUUAGAAUCAUUAGUACAGACACAACAACAGCUGAUAAAAUACUGGGAGGCAUUCUUACCUGAAGCCAAAGCCAUUGCCUAGCAAGAAGAUUUUGUGUUAAGAAGACCUUGAAAGUUUGCUCCAGUUAUGCUGAACUCCACAGUGAAAUCACUUAAAAUCAUCUAAAUAAACCACUAUAUAUUUUAUGAAUUACAUGUGGUUUUUUAUAUAUAUAUAGAUAGAUAGAUAUAUACGCUCUGACAUUUUAUUACAAGCUGCAUGUCCUGACCCUCUUUGAAUUAAGUGGACUGUGGCAUGACAUUCUGCAAUACUUUGCUGAAUUGAACACUAUUGUGUCUUAAAUACUUGCACUAAAAAGUGCACUGUAAGGCCAGAAAAUUUUACAAUAUUUUUUCUUUACAAAUUGUUCUGUAGUGUGUUCACCCUCUUUAUGAAGUGAAUUAUCAAUGCAUUGAUUAACGCUCACUUAAACAUUCCUGUACAGAAAUUAUGAUUUUGUGAUUACAAUAAUAAAAUGAUAUUCCUUGUGAA